AAGAGAGCGGAAAAAAGUGGACUUGUGUCUGGUGCGAGGCUAUUGUUGGCCAUUUUUCCAAUCGUAUGUGGGAGUCUGCGUGAGCAGGCGGGCCUAUUCUUCUGUCUGUCUGGAUACUACUCGGAGCCGGCGCUGAUCAGCCUCUCUCUUCCUCAUUGUCCCCAUUUGAACUGAACACCAGGUGCUUUGUGUCCAGUUCGUUCUUUCCACGUUCUUUCAUUCGACGUGGGUUGCUCUUAGGUAGUGACAAGAAACUGAGACCCGACUGGUGGUGCUGUGUGUGGUUGCAGUAGUGCGUCGUUCUGUAGGAAGAGAGAGAGAGAGAGAGAGAGAGAGUGAGAGAGCGGUUCUUGUGGUGGUUGUGCAGCCAGGGUUUGAUACUACGGAUUAAUCGAGAGUGGUCUUCAUACGCGUGGAGGGAGUUACUGUGUUUGUGGAGCCGGGCCUUUGCAGCGAAAUUGGAUCGUCUAUGCAGUAUUCAAGAAGGAAGGGGAUAGUUUUGACGAAGUUGUAUGAGGUUUGACAGUGUAGCCAGAUGGGUUCAUUGUAGUAAUUGAUGAGCGAAGCAGAAGCUGGUCGUGCGUAGUUUGGACGUCCAGGUAGGGGACGCCCGUGUUUUCAUUUAUUUAAUAAAUAAAUACAUAAAUAUUUAAGCUGGUAGUGGGGAGCGAGUUCGGGAGUUAGCGAAUUGGUGGACGUGCGGGAAGUCUGCGUUGUUGACUGCCAGUGGUGGGCUGUAAGUUCGGCGACGGUGGUGCCUGGUGUUGCGAAGUUGGGGAGCUUGUUAGAAAUGGCGACAAUCGUGCAGUUCCCUGACCAUGUCUAACGUGCAGUGGACAGGGUUGGGUGGAAAGUAAUCGUUGUCGGUGAUCAUCGGGCGCGCUGCGAACCACUGCCGACUUGGCGACGUCUACGUUAAUCGUUAAACUUGUAGGGGGGGGUAUAUUUCUUGGGAAGAAGAUAGUAGUAUGUCUGGGAUGUGGUCGUUGGAAUCACGUUGUACGGCAAUGCGGUCGUGUCUUUGCUGUGGCGAGACAAUGAACCUGGACUUCUUGGACUUCUUUACUGUUUGGUUAGGUUAAGGUUUGGAGCUCCAGUGCGGUUAGGUUAAGGUUGCCAUGGUUGGUUAGUGCUUUCACAGAAUUGUACCGGAAGAGAAGAGGAACUCCUGAGUUGGAGCUAGCAAGGAGUUGUUGCAGGGACAUUGCCGAAUUCUGUUCCGCGGUUUUCCUACUUUUAUCCCAAUUUUGCUGCUCGGGGUUGUAUACGUUGGCAGGAUGAAGAUAUCUGUGAAGACUUUGAAGGGGAACUACUUUGACCUGGAUGUUACCCCCUUGGAGACGGUUAUAAAUGUCAAGAAACGAAUAGAAGAUUCCCAAGGAGAGCAACUAUUCCCUUGUGCACAGCAGCUCUUAAUAUAUCAAGGGAAGGUUUUAAAGGACGAAACCACUAUGGAGGAUAACAAGGUCCUGGAAAAUGAGUUUUUUGUUGUCAUGUUGUCAAAGGCUAAAUCUGGAACUGCUGCUUCAACUUCUGCCUGUGAAUCUACUCAGGUAGCCGUGACAGCUGUCUCUCCGUCAUUACCCGCGCAAACAUCUGUAGCCCCUGCAACCCUGGUCAUCAAUGCAUCUGCUGGAGUUACUCAUGAGGAGGCUGCUUCAAAUCUGGUUGCUGGUAUCAAUUUGGAAAGCAAGGCGCAGGAAAUCUUAGACAUCGGCGGAGGAAGCUGGGAUUUUGAUACUGUCGUUCAUGCCUUACGUGCGGCUUCCAAUAAUGUGGAGCGUGCUUUAGAGUAUUUAUCUUCUGGUAUUCCAGAAGCAACCGGGCUGGCGCCUCCUGCGCCCUGUCUAUCACCAGAGAUUCCCGCGGAAACCUCAAGCACAGCUCCUACAGUACCAACUCAAGCUGCUGUUUCUGUGGCCGAGGCGAACGCAGCGCCUCUAGAUCAUUUUCCUCAGGGUAUGCCUGCUUUGGAUGCAGGUGGUGGUGGUGAUGCAGAAGCCCUGGAUUUUUUGAGAAGCAAUCCACAGGUGCCUCCAACAAAUGACGAAGACUCCUCUGAUGCAAGCGGAGAUGCCUCUGCAUCAGUUGGAACUGGUGAUGCAGCUAGUACAAAUGGUGUACACGAGGGGUUUGCCGAAGGGGGAUCAAUGUACUAUGUGGGUGGCAUGAAUGGCUAUAGUCCUCAUGGUUAUGUUUACGAUUACCUUCACGGAGGGUAUGAACCUUCGGUUGCUGGUGAAUGGGACGAUUUCUCCAGAUAUGUCGUUGAUGGAAUGGAGGUUCCAUCCCCAGGUGUUUACAGUGAUAAUGGCGGUUCUGUAUUCUUGCAUGCCACUGGCUACGGCUAUGCAUCAAAUCCCUCUUACAAUCCGUACUCUCCGGGGACGCCUGUGCCGACUAUAGGUGCAGAUGGCCAGCUGUAUGUACCGCAGGCGUUUCCGUACUCUAACCAACUUUAUCAACAGCCAGUAUCUCCGGCUGCGCCUUAUCAUAUGGGAUCACCUUCUACGAUUGGAGAAGGAACUGUAUCAGGAAAUGGUGAACCUUCUCCUCCUGGAGUCGAUGGAAAGAUUGCAGUUUCCAACGGCAGUCCUAGACCGGGUUUCCCAGCCAUGGCACUUAUUCCUCCACACGGGCCGUAUUCUAGAGGUGUGUUGCCUUUGGCAAUUCACAGUCCAGGUUCUCAAGACGUACGAUACGAGGGGCUCAGAGCUGCUGCUCCCUCAUGGGUGGAUGUGUCAAAAAUAGCAGAAGGCCAGCAGAGACCAGGAAUCCCGACAGGGAUGCACUCAAUGGCCUCUCAACAAUUGGCAGCUCCAGGCCUUCCUGCACAGCCAUUGAGGCCAGUUACCCCGCUCCAGCUACACAUCCAAUCAUCUCAUCAGUCGAGAAAUCCAUCCGGAUUGGGAUCUUUCAAUCUUGGUCCUGGGGGCCUAGCCAGGGGCUAUCAUCCUCUUUCCGGAGUUGUUAACGGGCCUCAUGGUUCAGUGAGAGCUCGUCACAUGGGUAGCGCAUCCAUGGAUACUAGGGCAAAUGGGCGUGGAGGCUGGAUUGGCAUCGAUAAAGGAAAACAGAGGGGUCGAAGUGGCGGACCCAUCACCAUCAGUAAUGGUGCACUCGAUCCUCUGAACGAGCAAAAUAGAGGACCUCGAACUAUUAGAACCAGGAAUCAGCGGGCUAUCGCAGGUGUCAUGAGACAUACCCGAGGUCAAAGUGUGAACUCAUCAGGAAACAGCGAUCCGCUCAUGGCCUUCGCGAACAGAGAACAGUACAAUAAUCCAGACUUCAGCACCAGCUACGAGAACGCCAAAUUUUUUGUGAUUAAAUCUUACAGUGAAGAUGAUGUGCACAAGAGUAUCAAGUACAACGUGUGGGCCAGCACUCCGGUUGGAAACAAAAGGCUAGAUGCUGCAUAUCAAGAGGCUUUGACGAAAUGUAAUGGGGAUACCAAAAGCUACCCAGUCUUUUUGUUCUUUUCGGUGAAUGCGAGUGGACAGUUUUGUGGAAUGGCACAGAUGACAGGUCGUGUUGAUUUUUCAAAAAGUGUCGACUACUGGCAACAGGACAAGUGGAAUGGCCGAUUCCCUGUAACGUGGCAUAUUAUUAAGGAUAUCCCAAAUUGCCAGUUCCGUCAUAUUAUCUUGGAAAACAAUGACAACAAGCCUGUGACGAAUAGCAGGGACACCCAAGAGGUUAAAUUCGAACAAGGUAUGGCAAUGCUGAACAUCUUCAAAAUCUUCGCUUCCAAAACGUCAAUCUUGGAUGACUUCGAAUUUUACGAGAACCGGCAGCGAGCUUUGACGGAGAAAAGAGCAAGACAGCAUGCCCAGCAGCAGCGGGAACAACAUCGUCAGGGAGGUGGACGGACUGGUUUCAACGAAUUCGAAUCAGCUCCCACUCAGCCCAAUCAUGAUCAGAUUGCAGAGCGUGUAGCUGUUGAAAAACCUAGAGAGUUCAUUGCAGCUCAGCCUGUUCAAGGAUCUCACUCUUUGACUCCUCACACAUCUGGAAGUGAUGAUUCUGAUGAGAACCUUUCUCAGAUUAAUUUCUCGUUCGAUAAAUUAACCACGGGGGUUGCAGAUAUCAACAUCAGCCACAAAGGAUUGAGAAGCCCUACUAAGCAAACAGAGCAGGCAGGAUCAGGAACCGAACUGGUAGGGGGACCAAACGAUUUAUUGAGUGAACAGAAAGUUAGUAUGGCGAUGGGCGGUGAAGUUAGUUGAGUGCGGUGGAAAAGAAUUUCGGGGCAAGCAGGGGGUUCAUCUUUCUAGCAGUUGACAUUUGCUGAUAGCGGUAUGGUGUACCAGGAAUUGAAGGUAUGAACGGAUACAUCAUGCCAAAGAACCUCGUUUCAGCCACUCUUCCUCUCUGAUUUGAAGCGAAGUGGUUAGCUCUGGUUGCCGGCUGAGUGUAUAGCAAAUUUCAUUCAAAAUAGUGUGCAGGUACAGGCUGAAAAGUUUCAACCAUCCAGAUUGGGGGAAUUGAACAGAGGCAUCCUUUUUCCAAAUUUUGGGGAAUGAGGAUGCCUGAGAAAGAUACGUGCCUGGCAAAAUAGGAACAUACUGAUGUCUUUCGCUGUUAGAGUCGAAAGAUUUCCUCCAGAUAACAAGCCUUCUUCCCCAGAUACAGAACAUUUUAAUGGCGGAGAAUAUCGUUUAGUACUGUCUCUAGUUCAUUAGACGCGGCUGAAAAGUUUUAUUGCCUUCUUCUCAGGAUAGGGCCGCUCUGUAAAAUUAUACAGUUGGGAAUGUUGCUUCAUGAGAGCUGGGCUGCAGAUGUGAAAGCUACUCCUCUAACCUGCAAGUUCACAUGGUGUUCAGUGCCACAGUAGGCUGUUGGGUUCUUCUUCCUUGGAAGUUUUGUACAAGUUCCCUGCCUCAUGGCCUGGAUGUAAUAAGGAGUUAAGUUCCACAUUUUGCAACUCCUAUCUUUUACAGUCCUUUUCCACUGCACUUUUCUGGUACCCGGAUUGCAUGUGUCAUUUACCUGUCUGCUCCUACUGACGUCAGAACUUGCUGUUGGAAUAUGUUUGUAGAAUAUUCCUUGUCUUGGAAACAGGGAACAUGUACGGGUUUUGGGCUGGACGCGGACUAGGUACUUGAAUUAUUUGCGCCACUAAAGCAGCUUCACAUAUCCGCAGCUCGUUUUCCCAGAAGAUUAGACCAGAUCUCCCCACAGCACCUCAUUUGCCAACCAGUUUCCACACAAAAGGCCAGUUCGUGAGGAGGCCCACAGAAACAGUAUGCGAUAAUAUUAGAGGUCUGCACCAUUUUGUUCCUUUUUUUGUUUCGUAGUUGGUUUAAACAAAGAACAUGAAAUACCGUAAAGUAGGGGCUAGUCUACUUUCUGCGUUACAUCUUGAACAGUGAUUCAACCCUAAAUGUAUCACAGUACACCUAUUUUUGCGACCGAAAACAAAAACAAUCCAUUUCACUUGA